AGCUCAAAACACCAAAGAUUAUCGUGAAUAACGACACGUUAGAGUUAAUUUUUACACCUUUUCUGAAACGAUUUCAAGGAUUUGAGUUGAUGAAAUAAAGCUUACUUUAUUUAUAAGAGGGAACACAAAAAGAAACCAGUGAAUUUCCUUGUGUAAAACGUCUGAAUCGUCGAUCGUACUUUGUACAGAAGACAGAACUUGAUGUAUUAUUGAUCUAUUUUUGACAGCUGUUUAUGCAAAUCUCUGAGAUCAUUUGAAUCUUGAUCAGCAUAGUGGAAAAACAGUCUAAACAACAACAUUUCGUUUUUUAAAAAUGUUGUUAAAACUAUAUUUGUGUGUUGUUGCAACAUUAUUUGGCAACUUUUGUAUGAUUCUGGGUGACAUUGAAAAAAUCUCGCUGCAUAUGCCUGGCGUUACACCUAAAAAGGAUGAUAGCUACUUUGCAUGUCCUAUAAACUUCCACCUGGAGAUUUAUUUAUAGUGAAAUAUGAACCAGAUGCCCACAAAGAAACAGCACAUCAUAUGCUGUUAUUUGGAUGUCAAGCACCAGGCAGUUAUCAUAAAGCUUGGAAUUGUGGCGACAUGGGAUUUGGGACUUGCUCUGGAUCUGAGUCUAUUUUGUUUGGAUGGGCACGAGAUGCUCCAGCACUUCAACUACCAAAAGAUGUUGGAUUCAAAAUCGGUGGGAAUACAGAAAUACAGUAUCUCACACUUCAAAUUCAUUAUGCUCAUGCACUUGAAGAGAAACAUUAUGACAGAUCGGGAUUGACAUUGCAUGUGACUCCAGCACCACAGCCAAACUUGGCAUCAAUUUACCUCCUGAUGGCAAUAAAUGCAUUCAUUCCACCUCAUUCUCAAGGGAUUCACGUGGACAUCGCGUGCAAAUACGAAAGCGACCAAGAAAUCAAUGCUUUUGCCUUUCGUACGCAUGCGCAUGAUUUAGGUCGUGUCAUCACUGCAUAUCGGAUUAGAAACAAUACUUGGAGAUUACUGGGCAAGGGCGACCCCCAAGCGCCACAGGCAUUUUAUCCAAUGGAUAAUGUUACAAUGAUUAAAAAAGGGGACAUUUUGGCUGCGAGAUGUACGUACGAUACUGUGAAUAGUGGAAAAACUUCAGCUACUCUGAUUGGUUCAACAGCUGCUGACGAGAUGUGUAACUUUUACAUGAUGUACUAUCGAGAUGCAAACAGCAGUAUCUCCACGCCUGAGGUCUGCGCAGAACAGCAUGAGUACGAGAACCUUUACGAUUCUUUUCCAAUCGGUUCUGAUGUUGCUCUUCGCUCUGGUCCAGGCCACCAUCAUCAUCAUCACCACCAUGGUAGUCCCGAGGAAGAGGCUGGGAACGAGUCUGCUGAUGUCGCAACUGACAGCAAGGUGACUGGCGCGAGUCAAGUUUUCCCCACAAGUGUCCCUGAGAGAACCACUAUUCAGACCUCUAGGAGUGAGAGAAAGUCCACAGAGAAACCGUUGACUAGAACGUCAAGCAGCGACCAAAAAUCCGGUGGCCAAAUAAAUAAUGUGCAUGAAGAUGGCUCGGAUCAAAUUGGUACAAAUGGUGACGUCAGUAAUGGUGAUGAUGAUGAUGACGUAAGUGAUGGUAGUGACGUUCAAGAUGGAGAUGGUAAUGUUAAAGAAGGUGAUGGUAACGUCGAAGCUGACGGUGUCAUAAAGGUUGAUGCUGGUAUCAAAGAUGGUGAUGACAUCAAGGAUAAUGACGACGAUGACGUCAAAGAUGAUGACGAUGACGUCAAAGAUGAUAAUGACGUCAAAGAUGAUGAUGACGUUACAGGUAACGUUAAAGAUGAUGAUGACAUCAAAGAUGAUGAUGACGUUAGAGAUAGUGGUAACGUUAAAGAUAAUGCUAAUAAUGCCAAAGAACUGAAUCACGUCAUCCAAAGUUUGGACGUCACAAACGACAGACCUAUUACCCACACCACGUCUUACCAACAGGCCAGAGAAAUUACCACAGGGAACCCAUUGCAAGAAACAACACAAUCCCCACAGACGAAAACAUCCCGUUCCACCACAAGCGACGUCUCAACAAGUACUUCGAUUUCCGAGCAAAUUACGACGUUCUCCGAGCUUCCGAGCGGUUCAAAAUUUUCUCGAACGACAAGAUCGACAAAAAAAUCAACUUCGACGUCUUUUGACGAUGACAAUUUAUCCAAGACUACAUCAAGUAUUGGCGGAGAACGGUCACAAGUUGAGCCUUCUUUGGCGUACGGAGUAACGGGCUUUAAUGUUUCUCUGGUGGAAUCCUGGCCGUUUGAAGUGACGGCGGGCUUGGGGCAAGUGACUGGCUUAGCAGUGGAUACCGCUGGUCGCUUGUUCGUGUUUCAUCGCAGUGAACGAACCUGGGAAGCGGACACGUUCAACAUAGACGAUUCAUUCCGGAAUCCGCAAAUCCGCGGUCCCAUCCUUGGUUCUACCAUCUUGGUUUUGGAUGGUGUCAGCGGUAAAGUCCUGGAGAAACAUGGCGAAAAUAUGUUUUAUAUGCCUCACGGUCUUACCAUCGAUCACCAAGAUAAUGUAUGGGUCACUGACGUUGGCCGUCAUCAGGUGAUGAAGUUCCCUCGUGGCGAAUUCAAAAAGCCGACUUUAGUUUUGGGUAAAAACCUUGUUCCUGGCUCCGGAUACGAACAUUUCUGUAAACCAACUGAUGUGGCUGUGGAAAAAUCUGGUGUCUUUUAUGUUUCUGAUGGCUAUUGCAAUAGCAGAAUCAUGAAGUUUUCGCCUGAAGGUCGGGUUAUGAGAGUGUGGGGGAAGGCCUCCCGGCAAAAUGUUCCUCUUCCGGGCACAUUCGUUAUUCCGCACAGUCUAACCCUGGACGAGAACAAAGGAAUGCUGUACGUCGCUGAUCGAGAGAACGGUAGAAUUCAAUGCUUUGACACAGAAGGAAAGUUUCAUAAGCAGAUCUCAUCUCCAAAAUUUGGAGGACUCGUGUUCGCUGUCGUCUUCAGUAACCAAGAUGACGUUCUUUAUGCUGUGAACAGUGGUUUCAAAACUAAAGUUCAAGGAUUUACGAUAAAUCCACGCAGUGGAGAUAUCAUCGCAACGUGGAGUCCUCACGGCAAGGGCUUCUCACAACCUCAUGCUGUCGUUUCCAAUGGCUCGAGUAUUUUUGUUGCUGAAAUCGGUCCCAACAGAGUGUGGAAAUUUGAACACCCGAGCAAAGUUUCUGUUAAAGACGAGAACUUUGUCCGUGGACUGAACGCGGCCGUCCAGGGAUCAAACCCAACAAAACCCUCUGACGAAACUACCACGGGCAAGCAUGACGAUACCAGAAAGCCACACGAGUCCAGUAAUAGCCCCGGGUACAUAAUAUUGGCCAUACUGAGUGUCCCAGUUGUCGUACUGCUUGUGGUUGGUUUGAUAAGUCGAUUGACUCGGGGUAGCCAUAGGUCACCCAAGUACGAUAUGAUGGAUGCCUCACUUGGAAAUCACACCGGUUCCGGGAAUUGGUGUAAUUCUAUGAACUGCUGCAACAGGCAAUAUCGUAACAUGGAAGAACUGUAUCUCAUGGACAGCGACAGCGAUAUCGACAUUUACCCCGAUGUGCGCGUGGGCAAAAAGUGAUUGGUCCGUGAUUGAGCAUGAACAUUAGAUCACGUGGCGGUUUGAAUUCUUAUCAGGGAGAUUUAGCAUGUCUUAAGACGUGAACGUCAAAGACGUGAAAAUGGCGAGUAAAUGGCGUGGCAUGUCCAUAUUUGGGCGCAUCACGCCAUUUAUUCGCCAUUUUCACGUCGUCUUUGACGUUCACGUCCUUAUGCUAAAUCGCCCAAUUGUAGAUCCAGGGCGUGUUUACACAUGUUCGCGCGGUUCUAUAGGGUCUGGCCUCUCUUUGAGAUUUCCAUUGCUGAAAUGAAACGAAGGAAAUGAUCAUUCAGUUUUUUUCGAGUAUCUGGUUUCUGGAUUGGUUGAUUUUUGUACUUGGAUCAGCUGGUUGUUGCGACUUUGGUGAUGGUCGAUAUGUUUGCAGGGCCCUAAGAACCGGGUGCUCACUUCAGGUACGCUCCUCCCUCUGACUGCCAAUUUUAGACUUCAAAAGUUAUUCGACCUCCUAACUUUGACUUGCUUCUUGCCACCCUCCCUGUGACAUUUUUACACAAGGGGUUGAUAAGAACUCAAACCGCCAGUAGACGAAUUUAAUAUAUUAUUUCAAUUUUAUUCUGCCGUGAAAUUUUCCAUAGACCUCGAGUGCCUUCUGGCAAGACAUUCAAGCACUAGUGAAUUGUAUUUUUAUUGCAUUAAAAAUGCAGUUGAAUGGAAUAUAAAUUAUUGCAAAAAUCUAUGCCUUUGCAAAAAUCUAUGCCUUUUUAUUAUGACGGACAGUCACAUCAUUGACUGAAAAGUUACUAAAAGUAUUCUGGUUUAGGAAAAAAAGCGCCUUUGUAAGUUGUAACGACUAGAGACUUUGGUCAUGAUGUUGAAAUUAGCAUAACGCGCAACCAACGCAACUCGUACCUAGCCUGCAUGGCAGGCGAUCUUUAAAAUCGGGCGAUACUCGUGCUCGGUGACGUCAAUGGUGACGUGUUACGGUGAUGUUUCCAUGGUGACGUAUUCGAUUACGUAUAAUUAAUAUUCCAAAAUAUAACAACAAAAGCGUCCCAACUUUUCAAUGAAGACUAUUUUUGUUUUAUUCAGUAUUUUCUCCAUCAUUUCUUUGUAAGAAUAUUAGAGUAUACAUUCCGCUAUGUCAACAUCGAGCGUGUCUACUCUGAGAUUCGAAAAUGGAGAAAGUCGCGAUACAACGUUUGCGCAAAGUUUGAAAGAUCAGCCUUCGAGCGAAACGUCGAAAGGGCAUCACUGGAAUUCGAAAGCAAAGCAAAUGAUUUUGGACGAAUCUACUACAGAAAAGCAGGCAAACAGAUUACUCCGAGACGAUACGAUGUUAGAGGCUUUAGAUAACUUAACAGACAACGAAUUAGAUGAGCUUUACGAACGAAGUUUGGUGCUGAAUAAAAGAUUGAAACAGCAUUUAAAAGAUGAACAUUUGGCAGGAAGUGUAAACAAUCUUGAAAAGACAACUGAUAUUCAAUGGUCUAGAAACACUGUGGUUUUGCCGCCAAUUGUUACGAAGAACAGUCUAGUGGCUAGACGCCUUAAGGCAAACAGAUAAUAUUUACUCAACAACAAUAUUAGUGAUUUAGUGAUCAAUAUAUUUAUAUGUGUAUAUGAGUAAUGAGUAGGGAGCUCGAUAUACCCACAGUUAGCGAAGUAUAGAGAUAAUACAAUGAAGAUAUUCAAAAUAAAAUUCAAUAAACUUGG